GCGAGAAUAAAAUGGGUAUUGUGUUAGACUCGCAAAGUUAGAGAAACAGUAAGGAUUUAUGUGGUGGUUCUGUCAACAACAGAAACUGGGCCAGUUACACUGCACGCAGGAACUUGACGAUACCGUGGAUAUGGCAUACCUGAGGCUGUUUGCUUGGACUUAUCAAUACCCUGUAUUAGCGUGUGUUACAAAGCAAAAAACGUCGCAGCUUGUACUGACAGGAUGUCCGGCUCCAAAAAGCUUUACUGGUACAGUGCGUGAGCGAGACCCUUUUUGGCCUUCGUGCUGCAUUAUUUGGCCAACCUCGCUAGUCGCUCCGCUAGUUGAAGAACGUUCAUUAGCCACUGAAGAUGAACAUCUUCACAUGUCUUCAUAUCGGUACAGGAGCUGGAACUAAAAGACAAACG